AUGGCGCACCCCUGUAGUGACUUCGCCACCUUUAAGGUGGAGAAACGGGGAUGCAUGGUACACAGAGGAAGGAUGAGUUUCCCAGCAGUUGGGAAGCAGCAGGACCACCUGGGGGCCUUUGUGCACGCAGAGGCUGGGCCCCGCUUCCUGCAGAGCACCUGGGUUCCAGAAGCCAAUGAUAUGAGGCAGGCCCCGUUGCCUAGGCAGCAUGACCAGCCUCGUAACCAGGGGAAUGAUGCUGAAGCUGCAGGUCUUAGCCGUAGCCUGUCCCACCGUGGGGUUGACAUCUGGACAUUUUACAACUCACACUUCAAGGACUAUGAGGCUUACCAAAACAAUAAAUACCACCAAGUCUUGCACACCUCGGGCAUCCUUAACUUUGGUAUCAAUGAGAACAAGCUGUGCAUUGAUCUGGUGGCUGCUAGGCUGUGUCAGAGGGACAUGCAGUAUGUUGAAGACCUCCAGCUGCAGUAUCCCAGCCUGAGAGGACAUCCUUUCCUGAGGGAAGCGGUGGCUCAGUUCCUGACAUACUACUGCAGUGCUCCUCACCACCUGUCUUCGAGAAAUGUGGUUGUUCUGAAUAGCUGCUCUGCCAUCUUCUCUGUGCUGGCCAUGGUUCUGUGUGACCCAGGGGAUUGUUUCCUGGUCCCCACUCCUUUUAUAAGUGCGUUUAUCAUUGCCUCCAAGAUAUGCACCAAUGUCGAGCUGAUUCCCGUCUACCUGGACAGUGAGAUCACUGAUGAGGACACCCUGCCUUUCCAGCUCACGGUAGGCAAACUGGAGCAAGCCCUGCUUGAAGCUACGACGCGGUGUAAGAAGGUCAAAGGCCUCUUGCUGCCCAACCCUCAGAAUGCUACGGGUCAUGUCUACUCGCAGGAAUCCCUGAAAGAAUUCUUGGAAUUUGCCAAAAGAAAUGACCUGCAUGUGGUCGUAGACGAAGUUUACAUGCUGUCUGUGUUUGAUGACUCUGUCCAGUUCCAAAGUGUUCUGAGCUUGGAUAGCUUGCCUGACCCCCAAAAGACCUAUGUCAUCUGGAGCACCAGUAAGGACUUUGGCUUGCGUUUUGGUGUUCUGUAUACCCACAACAAAGAUGUAGCCCUUGCUGUGAGCCCCUUUAGCUACCUCCACAGCAUCUCUGGCAUCACCCAGUACCGCCUGCACCGCUUGCUCCAGGACAGAGACUGGAUUGAUAAAGUAUACCUGCCCACCAUUCGCUCAAGGCUCGCGACAGCUCAUGCGUAUGUCAUCCAGAAGCUGCAGGAAUUGGAGGAACAGUUGAACUUUAAUACCAUCUUUCACAGUCGCAGCUGCGGCCUUUACCUCUGGAUCAACUUGAAAAACUUACUGGAACCGUGUACAUUUGAAGAAGAGCUGGUCCUCUACCGCCGCUUCCUGGACCACAAGCUGAUCUUGUCCCGAGGCCAAUCCUACCUGCUUAAGGAGCCUGGCUGGUUUCGCCUCUGCUUUGCAGAAAAUGAACAGGAACUAAUGGAUGGCAUGCAGCGGUUUGGUGAGGCCAUAGCGGAGCAGAAGCAGUACGUGAUGGAGAAGGCAUAG